UCUCUCCCUGGCUCACAAGCCAAUAAAGGCAGCCAUUACUAGCCUUCAAAACCACUCGAUCGUUCACAUUCACAUUCCCUCCAAUAAUUUACCUUCAAAAUUCUUAACUAUUACCUCUUCUGAUUGCUUCUCGGGAUCCCCAUUUUUUCGUUGUAUCAAACUCUUCCUACUUCAUUUGUUUGGUUUUUGUUUCAUCUGGAGGUUUCUUUUCUGCAAUGGCGUCUGCAUGUGUGACCUUCCAAGCCAAUACCCAUUUACCAAACACAGAGAAAGGUGAUAUCUUUCAUCAAGAGAAUGGCUUCUUCGGUGAAAGAAUCAAAAGGAGCUUCAAUAGCAGCCUCUGUGUCGUUAAAGCUGCCCACAAGUGGGUCAAGCCUGGCGGUGUUUCUGCUGUUCUUACUUCAAAAAAUUCCACCAAACAAACCCUGAAUCAGACACUACAAGUGCCAUCUUUCCUUAAGAAAAAGGUUGGGGCUGACCCAAACAAUGUUGUUUCCAUCAUACUUGGAGGAGGAUCAGGGGCUCAUCUUUUUCCUCUCACCAAACGAGCUGCAACCCCUGCUGUACCUGUUGGUGGAUGCUACAGGCUCAUAGAUAUUCCAAUGAGUAACUGCAUCAACAGUGGCAUUAACAAGAUAUUUGUGCUGACACAGUUCAACUCUGCUUCUCUAAAUCGUCACAUUGCACGCACCUAUUUUGGAAAUGGCAUCAGCUUUGGGGAUGGCUUUGUGGAGGUUUUGGCUGCUACUCAAACACCAGGAGAAGCUGGAAAGAAUUGGUUCCAAGGAACUGCAGAUGCUGUGAGGCAAUUUACAUGGGUGUUUGAGGAUGCCAAGAACAGAAAUGUUGAGAAUGUAUUGAUCUUGGCCGGAGAUCAUCUAUACCGAAUGGAUUACAUGGAUCUCGUGCAGAGUCAUGUUGAUAGAAAUGCUGAUAUCACAGUUUCUUGCGCUGCUGUGGGAGAAAGCCGUGCAUCAGAUUAUGGACUGGUCAAAGUAGAUGACACAGGCCGAGUCAUUCAAUUUUCAGAAAAACCAAAGGAUGAUGAUCUAAAAGCAAUGCAUGUAGAUACCUCUUUUCUUGGGUUGUCACCUCAAGAUGCAUCAAUGUCACCAUACGUUGCCUCUAUGGGGGUCUAUGUAUUCAAAACAGAUGUCUUACUCGAUCUUCUGAAAUGGAGAUAUCCUGCAUCCAAUGACUUCGGAUCUGAAAUCAUUCCUGCAGCCGUGGAGGAUUACAAUGUCCAUUCAUACUUUUUUGGAGACUAUUGGGAAGACAUUGGAACAAUAAAAUCCUUUUUUGAUGCUAACCUUGCUCUUACCAAAGAGAAUCCAAAGUUCGAAUUUUAUGAUCCCAAGAAACCCAUUUUCACAUCUCCAGGAUUCCUACCACCAACAAAGAUUGAGAAUUGCAAGAUUGUGGAUGCAAUUAUCUCUCACGGAUGUUUCCUUAGAGAAUCUACAGUCCAACAUUCCAUUGUUGGUGAACGUUCGCGGUUGGAUUAUGGCGUUGAGCUUCAGGACACUGUAAUGAUGGGAGCAGACUAUUACCAAACAGAAGCCGAAAUUGCUUCUUUGAUGGCAGAAGGGAAAGUCCCAAUUGGGAUUGGAAGGAACACCAAAAUUAGGAACUGCAUUAUUGACAAGAAUGUAAAGAUCGGGAAAGAUGUCAUCAUUGCAAACAGAGAAGGAGUUGAAGAAGCAGAUAGGUCAGCAGAUGGGUUCUACAUUCGAUCAGGAAUCACCGUUGUAAUGGAAAAGGCAACAAUACAAGAUAGCACCGUCAUAUGAACAGAGUUUGGGGGAUGGUAGUGCUGCUGUACAUGUAAAUAGAAGCUUCCCCUUUCCCCCACUCCCUACCAUGUAAAAUUAAUAAUAAAAGCAAUGAAUGAAAAUCAU